ACUGAGGCAGACAGGUAAGGCUAGAGCUCCGCCCACUGCCAGGUUUCAGUCGGACUUGUUUUGACCAGCUGUUGCUGUCAAAACUUAGUCGCUCCUGUCUAAAUUACUACACAGACUUCUGGAGUAAGAACAUACACAUCAUCAGCAACAGCAGCAGCAAUCAUGCCGAGGCGAUCAACGGAGGAGUGGAUCCGGUUAUCCAUGCGCACCCCGGGCAUCCUGAUCUUCGGGAUGGUUUUCGCUCCUUGCGGCUGGAUCCUGAACCUGACCGCCACCGUGGCCCCAAACUGGAGGACACUGAACAACAUCCCCGGCACCCCACCCGAUCAGUUCGUCCAGCAAGGCAUCUGGGACAGCUGCAGAGCCACCUCAACCAACACUAGAUUGGAGUGCAACCUGCAGGACGCCCAAUAUUUCAGCAGCCAGAUCAUCCCGGUCGCCCAGGGUUUGAUGGUGGCCUCCCUCAUCGUGACUCUAAUCGGGCUGGCCGUGGCCAUCCCGGGGGUCCGCUGCUGGAAAGACCGCCCUAAUUGGAUAGUGGCCGGCUUGGGUGGCCUGUUGAUCUUCCUCUCAGGCGUCAUGACCAUCAUACCCAUCGCCUGGUACACCCACCUACUCAAAGAAGUCGCAUCGAAGUUCUCGCUCAUAGAUGUGCGCGUCGGCUACUGCAUCAUCCUGGGCUACAUCGGCGGGAUAUUUGAGAUCUUGGGCGGCUUGGUCAUGUUCAUCGGGAUCUGCCGUUGCUGCGGAGGUAAGAACCGAGGGGAGACACGGGUUGAUGAGAUCACGGGCAACCGGUUCAACCACCAGAAGCAGCCACCGAGACGAGUUGAUGUGCCAAGCCUGAACCGGGCCAGGAGCAGCUUCGCCAGCAGCAGCGUCGCUUACUCCAAAGACUCCAUGGAUGAUGAUGUGUCUUUCCCCCGGGCCAAGAGCCCCCCAGGCCGGACAGUCAACACCUCCUACAGUAACAGACCCUAUGAUGUCGACUUAUAAGAGGCACAUGACCAACAUCUGGAGACACAACCCCCCCAGGAGAGGAAAACGACCUGAAGACGGACAUGAUUUGUAAAAGGGACUGAGAGUGGAAAAUAUUCUAGGAAUAAGCAAUGUUAAUUAGCCUAUUCUCAAUGACUUUAUAACAUUACAAAUCUAGUCCACUGUAAUAAAACUGUGCCUAUCUAUAAUAUUCUGGAGUAUUGUAGUAAUAACAGGAGAUACUAAUAGCUACCAUAAAGUAGGCCUACUUUAAAGUCACCAUACACUCAUUGUUGAGACCAUAAAGGAAUAUUUAUGUUGUACCAAGAGAUCAAAUAUCUUAAAUAUUAUGAAAUCACUGUAAACUCACUAUUAAAUGAAGCUUCCUACUUUAAACACCUCUUUGAAUAUUACUGUGUUUCAUCAUUAGGUCAGCAAUACUUGAAGGCAUACAUCUAUAAUGUUAAAUGACGUGUGAGUGACAGAGUGAUGGCUGCAGUAUAAUGUGGCUACAGAUGAGACUCAUUAUGGGCUUAGCUGGGUUAUGAUUAAUGCUAACAUUAUUAUUAUACAUUACAGGUGUACGCCUCAAGCAAUGCAGUUAUUGCCAUAAAGGUUAAGAUGAGAUGAACAUUAUACUGUGAGAAAAUGGAAGGAAGUUUGGAAAGUGAAGAAUACUGUAUUAUUGUAACAGAAAAAAACCUACACUGUUUAAUAAGCCUGAAGAAAAAUGAUAGUAGAAGUUUACUGAGGCUGUCUUUUACAUUCUGCAUAUGAUGCUGAACUCCAUUUGCAAAUGCUUCUUUAAGGAAGUUUUUGUAUUUUUUCUGUGAGCAUAAGAAAAUGUAUAAAUCAUUUUCUUAUUUUUCUCUCCAUUUUUAUGUAAAUACCAUAUUGAUAUGCACUUUACAACUAUGGCCAACCUUGUAGGACAACAGGCCACCUGUUGGAAAAAGCAUCCUGAGGUGAUCAGUAUUGUUCUAAACUGCUCUGUGAUUCAAGCGCUGUUUAUUAAAUGUGCACUGUGUUUCCUAAUAA